GCAAUGGCUUCGCUCAAAGCAUUAUGUAAUAACUUCCUCCGAACACUAUGUCACCCUUGUUAUUGUGUUUAUCUGGUUAAUACCUGUGACUAAUGGGUGUUGAUGGAAAAGUUACAGAUAUUGCCUCAUUAAUAAACAUCAUUCCUCUCUGAUGGCGAAUAGCUCAUUGAUUUAUUCCUCCAAAGCUCGUUUCAUUAUUUGUACGACAUAACAUGAAGAUGCUGUAGAUGUCAAAUUCCUCAGCUCCACUUCACCGCGUCAGCCUCUCAGCCCGUCACUUCAUGUUGGAUGUGAACACAACUUAUCAUGAUAAUAUAGGAUUAUUAUUUUACAUAUAAAUAUCCAUCAAGAAGUAGUGUUUGUUUGGUCUUGAGGUUUUUUUUUACUUCAGGCUUGGGUUUGGACACAGGGUUUAACUCGAUUGUUUACUGUGUGACUGUGGAUGUACGCGCUGUUCCCUCACAUAACACAAAGCUGUGAUUUCUAUGGACAAAGAGCACCGGUAUGUGACAAGACUGUAGAGGCCACCACUGAAUAAACUGUCCAGAGUCAUUCGCCAACAACUUGCCACAGACACUCCAGAGAUAUAAAUACAAAUAAUUAGCAUUUCCCUAUUCAGGCUCCAGGGCAACGGAGGAGUAACCUCCCAGCUGAGGACAUACCAAAACCUUCUCAUCACCUAGAUCCCAGUCGCUGCUGGACAUGUGUUAAAAUGAGUCAGCCGGGUAUAUAUGCCAAAUCAGGCCCCUGCUCACCCAGACAACAAAAAUACAGCUGCUCUAUUGUUCGGUGUCCAGGUCAUCAAUCCAGACCUGUUUGUCAGGGUGGAGCUACGGGCUUUGCAUUUUCAACAACCCUCUCAUCGACUCAGAGCUUGUUUUCUGGGAUAUGGGCGAACAAAAUAAAAUACUAUCCCGUCCCAUUUUCCGCCGAGAUGUCAGCUGGGAUCCUUUUCCAAACUGGACGCAGCCGAGCCGCAUCUUCACGCAGGAUUUUGGCCUCCCUCCUUUUCUGGAGCCCAGUGAUGUGGACUGGAUAGACUGGGCACAGAGGAGGCUGGCCUCGUUCUCCUGGCCUGGGUACACACAGACUCCGCUUCUGCCUCCGCUCGAUGGUAACGCAAAGGGCCCGAAACAACUGACGAGUGGGGUGACAGAGAUCCGCACUGGGCAGGACGGCUGGAAGAUUAACCUGGACGUCAACCACUUCUCACCUGAAGAGAUUACAAUCACAACCAAGGAGGGAUACCUGCAGAUAUCAGGAAAUCAUGAAGAAAGGCAAGAUCAGCAUGGAUCUGUGACAAGAUGCUUCAACAGGAAAUACAAGCUGCCGCAGGGGGUGGACCUGCAGCACAUCAGCUCAUCCCUGUCUGGUGAUGGAGUCCUGUCAGUGGAGGCUCCCGUUCCCGGAACGUCCGUCAGCGAGCCGGCCAAUGAGCUCGUCAUACCUGUUCAGAUCAGACAGAGGCAGGAUGGAGACAAGUGAAACCAGCAGAGCGAGAUGUAGGUCAAGUUAGCGACCUAAGUAGCACUGACUGAAGUUAGUUACAGCUUACUAAAUGUGAUUUCCUGUAACUUGCUUGUUUUCCUGUCAUGAGAUUCUAUCUGCUACUAUAAUGCACGAUCACCACUACAGUAACAAAUAUAUGCAAACUCACCAAUGUAAAAAUAGGAACUGAUUUUGAGUCUUAGGAAUAUUUUUGCAUGACAGCAUUUUCUGAUUGAACAUGUGUAUUAGUGAUUUAUGCAUUUCCAUUGAUGCCAUGUCCUCUACAGGGCAGAAUAGCUGAAUAUAGAAAUGACUUGGUUUGAGUUUUCAUUUGCUUUAAGGCAGAGAAUCUCUGGAAAAGCUGCAGUCUUCAAUUUAGAUUAUUUUUUAUUAUAAUAUAUAAUAAUAUAAUUUUCAACUGUAUUAAACGGCUCCUACCAUAAGAAUAAUAAAGGUACCUGUCUCCUUUCAUUGCUGAUGCAUCUAUGAGCAAAUUAAAAGAUUAGAAGGAACCAGUUCUCUUUUAUUUCAAUCAUUGCUCAUCUACUUCUAAAUGGUAGAUUGAACGUGAUCCCUGAAAUCCUGUUUACUCUGAUAAUCACCCACGUAUUUCCUCUAUAUGAGAUGUUCAAUGUAGAUGUUUAUCAGGUUUAUCACAAGAGAUUAAAGGUUCUCUGUUUACUUUUAAGUUUGAUAAGAAUCUGAAAACGAGUACCUUUUAAUUUCGUGUGAAACUCUCAUCACACUUAAAAGCAAACAUUCAGCUUCAUCCAUGAGACGCAGAGCUUCACUGACGAAGGCCAGGUCAUUCAAAAGUAAACAGUGACACCUAGUGUUUGGAGUUUUAUAGGACACAAGUUAUUGUUCAGCCGUUUUCAGAUAUGACCUGUGGGUAAAGUUUCUUGUAUGACAUCACAGGGAUUAAUGUACUAAUUGAAAUAACUGAUGGAAAUAAAAGAGGUAAUGUAAAAUAAUUAUAGAACAGAAUAGAAAUACGAACACAAAUAUAAGG